ACUCAAGUUCAUUGGUACCCUUUGUGCAUGAGAGGUAGGGUCGAAAAUGAAGUUCACAAGCCUGCCCUCUAUUGUUUUACUGCGCUCUGAAGAUUUCCUGAUCUGACGGCCGGAGCACAGAAUUAAUUUUUUCCGCUCUCUUGAUUCAUCUGAUCUGGUAUUAGAUGAGCAUCCUCGCAAUUCUGCUGUAUAAAGAACAUAAAUGAGAGGAUAGAUAACCAGGCAUGAUGAACACAAAACACUCAAUCUUACAACUGUGUAACAUCUUCCGGACCAUAACCAUCUCUAAAAAUGUGCGUCUUCAAAGCGGUCUCCCCGCUCGAUGUUCAUCCCUCCUUUCCAGUGAUAAAUCCACCACCUUGAGCCAGAAGUUGUCAUUUUCCUCUCUGUUACUCAGAGCAUCUACCUUAAGGACUUUAGGUGUUGUGGAAAGGGAACGUCAUAGAGAGUUCCACACGAGCCCAGCGCUUGAAAAAUUCAAACCCUGGAAGAAUACACCCGAGUACACAAUUAGACCACUUGGAAAGAAGAGAAUUACCAGCCGGGAUCACACAGGGAGGAUAGUGUCGGGUAGAAGAGGAGGGGGCGCGAAGCGAAACUAUCGUAUGGUGGAUUUCAAAAGAGUUGGACCAGCUGAGGGAGCGCCCUUGGAGGAAAAGGUUCUAGAAGUAAGGUAUGAUCCAAACAGGACAGCAAACAUUGCCAUCGUAGCGGGAGGCAACAGGAAGCGAUAUAUCAUUGCAUCAGCUAACAUGGAGGCGGGGGAUAUCAUUAAGACUUCAGGACACAUUGGCAGGAUGACAGUGGUGGCCAAUGAGGGUGAUGCAUACCCCCUGGGAGCGCUCCCCAUCGGGUCUUUGGUUCACUGUGUAGAGCUCUAUCCUGGAGAGGGCGCCAUUCGGGUCAGGGCGGGAGGAACGUCGGCUCAGAUCCUGAGAAAGGUUGGGGGGCAGGUCAUCCUCCAGCUGCCGUCCAAACUGCAGGUCAGCGUCAGCGAGAGAUGCAUGGCAACCGUUGGCCGGGCAUCGGGAGACCAACAUAAUAGAAUGUUCAUAGGCAAGGCUGGUAGGAAUCGAUGGUUUGGGAGACGUCCGAGCAGUGGUCUAUGGCAGAGGAAAGGAGGAUGGGCAGGGCGUAAGAUUAAGCCCCUCCCACCUAUCAAAGUAUACAUGGACCCAAACAAGAAAGGAACGCAUAUAACCGUUUAGCUUUUUAGUCACUUCUGUAUAAAUUGUAAGGCAAUUUCAGAUUUCAAUUUCUUUCAUUUCAGAACCUCCAGAUAACUUUUCUUCUCAUUUCUGCAGAUUAUGUGAGCCAAUUGCACUUAAUUGUGAAAGAUCAAAUAAUCAGAGAUACCCAUUUUUAGGCAUUUUGCCUGAUAUCAUGCCUUGAGAACUUGCUAUUUCAGGGUUGGUGUUUUUCCAGGCUUUAUGUUGUUCAGUACUUAUUGGGCUUUAACAUGAUCUGGCUCCUUUUCAGGCCAAGUGAGUCAAACUAACUGGCAUUGCUGAAAUAAUGAGAGCAUGUGUAAUACCUGUAAUGAUAAUACUAUUCCAAUUGACAUGGAAUAUGACAUCCAAUUAUAUCCCCUGUCAUUAAAUCUUGGCUUGCCUGUACAUGUGUAAGUCAAAGUGUACAAUUUAUACUAAAUUCAUUCUUAAAGUGAUUCAAUUAAACUGUGAUCUGACUCAAAGCAACUUUAAUGAAUAUGAUGCCCCUGCCAUACUGCAGGGGUGUGUUUCAUGAAAUGAUAUGUCCAAUGUGUUAUCCGAUAGUUACCACAGUGAGAGUGCUUCUCAGCCAAUCAAAAUCAAAUAAAGUUGUCAGAUUUUCAACGCUCCCCAGGUCUCGCUCUAAUACAAGCAAAACCAGGCAUGAAAUAAAUGGUACACGUACGUGAAUGAACUUUUGAGUGUGUGUGGUUCACAUCCUCGCCAUGUUAUCAGGUCCCCUUCUCACAAAGAGUUACGAUAGAUCCGAUCAACCUCAAGUAUAUGGAAAUCCAUUAACGUCAUAUUUUUUUCAGGAAAUUUGCACAAUUUGUCCAUUGUAAACCAAGAGAAGCAUACUAAUUUUUCAAGAAAACUGAAUGUAUGAAUAAACAGAUCUAUAAAAUGUUUGAACAAACAUGAAUUUUAGAUGAUGACGUUGCUGGCUUUCCAUACAUGUAGUUGUGGUUGAUUAGAUCAAUCGUGACUCUUUGUAAGACGGGGCCCUGGUGUCAACUCAACAAAUGUGUAGAGUGUAGAGUAUGCACAGUAAACCUCUAAUUCAUUACAUUGAUUGUCUUUUUGGUGGCCAGGUAUCUUUUUUUUCCUUUUUUUUUUGGGGGGGGGGGGAAUAAUGAUUUUGCUAUUUCAGGGCCCCAUCUUACAAAGAGUUAGGAUUGAUCCAAUCAAUCGCAACUAUGGAAAGCCAGCAACGUCAACAUCUAAACGCAUGAUUGUUCAAACAAAUUUUCUAGAUAUGAUUGUAUAUCCAUAAAUUGAUUAAUUUCUUGACAAUUUGGUGAUUUCUCCUUUGUUUGCAAAGGACAUUUUGCCAAUUUCCUGUAGAAUAAAUUAUGACACUGAUGGAUUUCCAUAGAGUUACAAUUGAUUGGAUCAAUUGUAACUCUUUGUAAGACGGGGCCCAGGUCUUGACCAUGAGAUUAAGAUCCAAUGGGGGUACUUUAAAUCAAGAAAUAAUUGAGCAAAUAAAUGUCUAAUUCAAACAGAAAGGCUGAGCCCACCAGUAAUCUGCACUAUUAAAGCACCCACCCGCAUUCAUUAUUAGACCCAAGUGCAUACACUCGCAUCAAGUGCUUUCAGACCACAAAAUUAGGUACAGUCAUUCACAGAGUAGUUUCAGAUUUCCUUUGUGAAUUAUUGUCAUGGAUUUUCGAUACAUUUUCUUUGUUAAUGGAAGUCUGCUCUUUUUCAUAGAAAUUGAUAUCAAUAAUGUAUGUGAAAUUUAAGAGAUAAAUUCUCUAUUAGACAUGAUUUCCUUCUGAUUGUAAUAAAUUUGGUACGUGAUUAUAACAACUUUGAGUAAUCCAGGCCUUGUUAAAUUUCAAUAUUCUAAUUGGGAAAGGCCAUUUCUCAAAAGAGCAAUGGGUGGGGGGGGGGGAGGGGUUAAAAAGGCCACAAAAAAUGUCCAUGGCCGCUUAAAGAGACACUGAGGUCACCAAUAAAUCAUGGUCUUAAGUGGCUACGGAUUUAUUUAAACGUUGAGAAUCAGAUCCCAACACACAUUGGGUUUUGAUUCACAAAGACUUGUUUUAAUUAAGUGCACAAUUUCUAUAACAAGUUAGAUAUCAGCAAAUCAAAUCAAAUGAUUUCAGUAGCUUUAAACAGUUAUUAAAAAUAUGUUAUUAACGCAAGUUGUGUGAAACAGGUGCCAGUACCAAUGAUGGUUGUGUUACUCAUAUGGUUCUGAAUAUUACCAAUUUGAUUCAUAAUUUCUUUUUGAAAAAUUGAUCUGUGUUGAGAUAUGAUUUAUUUAUUAUCAUAUCAGAAUAAAUUAUAUGUCAAGUGAAAAUAAAACGGACUUCCGAAUUUCUACUUUAAA